CUUCGUACUUUGGCCUCGAAGUGUUGUGCAUGUAUCAGCGUCGUACGGAUGUCUUCAGAUCAGACCGGAAAAUCAAAAUUGUUUGGCAUUUGUAGGAGUGGAAGUUGACUCUCGAAGUGUGUUGAGGUAACCGAAGUCAAAUGCACCAUGGCGACGGCGGGGAAGGACAGGAUAGCCGCACAGGAGCGAUGCGUUCAGAUAGCUGUUUCCUUGUUUUUAGGUCUGGGCCUAUCCCUGUUGAGUUUCUGGGACCUUGUUACAUCCGCGGACUACCCGCUUCUCGGGUCCCCGACAUUGGUAUGCGGCAUCCUGUUGGUACUCUGGGGGACCAGUCAGAGUAAAAAAUAUAUGACGACGGAGCUUUGGCGCAUUAUUGCGGUUUUUCUGGUUGUGGCUGUCUGGACCCUGGCCGUUGGUGUGAUGAUCUCCUUGCUGCCUGAACCCAUUGGCGAGAUCUGCAGCAUUUUGUCAUCCUGGUGGAUACUCGACAAAGCGAAGGGCAGGCAAGACAAGCUUUGAUGAUAUAGACGAUGUAUGUCAUGAGAAAUAAUAAAGUGCAACGAAUUUUUCACCAACAACGCAAGAGGUUAUCCCAUGAAAACAUCUGAACUUUAACCCGCCGAAGAUUUGUCGGGGAGGCGUGUUUCCUCUCACAAAACGCCAAAUAUUUAGUGUCACA